AUGGAAGUAUCGACCGGCAUUCACCAUCCAUGUGAAGAAACUCCCGUGGAUGUUUCACAGCGCACCAAACCAAACACCCCAGUGGUGACAAAAUUCGGAUACGAAGACUUCGUGAAUCAACUCACUCGCGGACUAGAGCUACAUUUGACGACGAUUUCCUGGCGAGCUGCCAAAUACGGACAACAAAUUGCCGUGGAGACAUUCCCUGGCUAUACGCCACCCGAUGUGAAAGAAAAGAGAAUGAAAUUUGUGGACGACGAGCUCGCCCGCUUCGAAGCCGAUACCUCAUGCGACGAAAACGACAACGAUAAUGGCAGGGAAAAUGCAACGCCAUAUCCCCUCAAUAAUAGACCACCAAAAUCUGUGUCCAUGGAGCGAACGGCAAAGAGAAGCGACAGAAGAGCUUCUGAGCUUGGACCGCCCCACAACGGCUACCCGUGGACCGAGGAGGCUCCGCUCUACUGGAGACAGGAAUGCGCGACAGCAGACGAGUACGACGGUAACGCUUUCGAAAUUGCGGUCAAAUGCAAAAGUAGUCAAAAAAAGUGGCGUAUGUCUUCUGCCACGCCCGACGUGGCCACCACGAGCUCCGAUGCAAGACCAAGUCCUGCAGCACCCAGAACACAGACAAGACACCUCUGUGAUGAGCGCAUAUCUAACCCACAAAAUGCCGGAACACCCGCCAUACGUCGCGCCAUGAGAGGUCCCGGGAUUCAACAGGGACAAGGACAUGCAUCAGUAACACUCCAGACCUCGGGUGCUGACCAGUUCUUUGACUAUGCCACGUUUCUUUGGACUGAUGGGGGACUCUUGGGCCACACGGAACUGGAGACUGAUAACGACUGGAUGACACCCGACACUCGGGGGAAUGUUAAUGUGGAUUUUCCGUUGGUUUCGGCGGCCAACAUGCCAUCCGAGAGUGGAGCUGUCAGGCUCGUAGGCCAAUCGCUCAGCCCUCCCACUGUACCUUGGGACGAACCGACGCUUCAAGGUGCGGACGGCGACUUGUUGAGGUAUUUUGUCAACUCGGUUGUUCCGCCACUUUUGGAGGUCGAGACGCAGAAGAAAUGGAAUGCUAUGAGGCAUGUCCUUAUUUCCAUGGCUACCACAUCUUCCAUGAUUCGAUCCGCUAUCCUGGCAUUCGCCAGCCUGUUGCGGUGCCGCCGAGAGACGCCAUGGUUGCAACCAACACAGGUACACUACCAGGCUGCAAGUGAUGAGCUCGCUUGCGCCGGGGAUACGUCCGACCAGGGUCUGGUAAAGUACAGCAAGAAACGAAAGAAUCUGCUGGCCACGUUGUUUUUUCUCUGUUACAUUGACAUUCUAGAGGAGAGGAUGGAUACAACACAUGCAAACCUCAAGCGUGCCUACGAGCUGUUCAGUCUUGGCGAAGGAGGCGACUUUCAUCCUGUCGAAAUGCAGAUACUCUCCUGGAUUCGUCUUUUGGAUGCCCGUGCCGUGUCGGCAGGAGGUGAGGGCCUCUUCUUGAACGACAAGGACGAGAACUUGCUCGUGCAGACGUCGCCAGCAACAGCGGACAACCCAGAUGACGAGCCGACACACCCCAGUCAUGACAUUGAGGAUGUUUUAUUUGAGUUGCUAUACCAACCCGGUCAUAUAUUUUACCAAAAGGUUCAGUCGUUUAUGGGCCGGAUCUCAAAGAUCGAUCCAUGGCAUCGGAGCCGUGGCACAGUCGAAGAUGAAACCGAGGUGAUGAAUAUCGCAGCCGCUAUUCUAAAAGACCUCCGUGCCCUCUACGAUAACCGCCCGAAGUUGAUGGAUCAUGCCGUGGCAGGGAAACUUAAAGCGCCACACGUGAGCUUCGAAAUAGCUGCUUCGGUCACACGAGCAUUUCGAGCAUAUCUCGCCAACUUCCACGCCAGCAAGGUCCACCUUCAUCGUGUGGCUUACAAGCACCUGCCACUGACUGCUGAUACGAAGGAGGCACUUGUGCAGAUCCGUCUUCUGGCACAACUCAUGGUUGAUGAGUCUUGCAACUCGGAUGUGCAACUCCCGGCGGAGCGACAGAACGUGGUGUCGAUAGAGUCCGACUCUGGGCAACAGGACACUCUAACCAGUAAUUCACUGGUAGAAACGUCAGAGUCACUCCCCGUUACUUUAUUGUGGCCGCUCCUGAUGCUGGGCUCCGAGGAGAAGGACCCCAGUGAACGGGAGUGGAUUCGAGGGCAGAUCAUCAAGAUGGAAACGGUUGCGUCAAAUGCCAGAGCUACGGCGCAAGUUCUCGAAGAGGUUCAGCGGCGUCAAGAUUUGACAGGUACCCGCCAGGAUAUUCGAUCUGUCAUGCACGCUGUAUUCAGCCGGAUUUGGGCUAUUGUUUAAGCAUCAGCUUAGCGAUACUGGCCCACACUUUCCUCAAUACAGGACCGAUUUUGAGCUGGAUUGGUGUGCAGCAGCAAAACCACCCAUACCAUGAGCAUGUGAAAACCACUCGUAUAUCGAAGCAAGCGGUACAGCAGGAUAUCUAUCCCCAUUGCUAAGUCUCGCGAGUAUCGCGUAGAGCGUACGUCACGUCCUCGGAUUCAGCAAAAUACUCUAUAGAUACAGGAUCUGCUCGCCUGGUUGUUUGCCGACCGAGAAGCGACCCGAGCGGCAGUGUUGCCGAUGGCCUUCUUCAUAUAAACUCUGCACCUCUCCGCAUAUCAUCUCUUCCACAGCUACGGCAAUGGCCCGAGUCAACAAUCUGGGGUUUUAUCCACGGGGUAGAAUGCCAGCCUGCAGGUUCUCGCGUGAUUUCAUUCUCUUGGGUACCUAUGAGAGUGGUCGGAUCUGUCUUGAAAACCGCUGAUUGUGGGCCGGUGGUCUGUCUAUCUUCUCAUCUGCUGGGGGGUGAAAUAAUUUGAUAUCCAUCAAAUAUGAUGGGGAUGAUUUCUUCGUUUGUCCAGGUAUUUGUGCCGAUUCCAGGAGUUUGGUUUGGUGCAGUCAUUUUCCCUCUGUAUUCACAGCCUGACAUCCUCGAGCCUUUGUUUUCAACAAAUGGCAGCGAGCCAAACUGAUGUGUUCAAGAUGCUAAACACGCCCCGGAAGCAAUUUUCCCUUGAGACGGUUGAAGCAGAUCUGAAGGUAACCGAAAAUGGAGUUCUCAUUGAGGACAGGGAGCGUAAGGAAAAGGCGUUGGUGCGAAAGAUUGACGGCUGCAUGAUGCCACUGAUGAUGUUGCUGUAUGUUCUUAACUAUAUUGACCGCAACAACAUCGCAACUGCGCGGCUCGGUAGAUUUGAGAAGGACAUUGGUCUUCAUGGCACCCAAUACAACACCGUCAUCAGCAUAUUCUUUGUCGGCUAUAUCUUGUCACAGAUCCCAACCAACAUGAUCCUGAACAAAGUUCGACCGUCUAUUUUCUUACCAGCUGUCAUGAUUUGCUGGGGCUCAGUCAGCGCAUGUACAGACGCUGUGCAGAAAUACUCCGGCAUGAUAGUCCUGCAAUUCAUGUUGGGAUUUGUUGAGGCGCCCUUCUUUCCGGGUGCCCUCUUUCUGUUUAGUUGUUGGUACACCAAAAAGGAGCAGGCCAAGCGUAUCUCGAUCCUUUUCGCGGCAGGACAGAUGGUUGGCGCCUUCAGCGGCUUUCUGGGCUCGGCCAUCAUGGAUGGCAUGAAUGGAGUUGCGUGACUGGCUGACUGGCGCUGGCCUUUCAUCAUUGAGGGUGUCGUGACCAUACCGGUGGCCUUUCUGACGUACUUUGUUGUUCCUGAUUAACCGACUGAUACCAAGUGGCUUAGCGAUGAGGAACGAGUUCUGGCUGUGUUGCGUAUUGCAGAAGAAGCAAACGAGGAAGACGUGCGAGAGGCAGUAUCAGCGUUUCAAGGCCUCAAACUUGCCUUCACUCAGUAAGCUUGUACCUGAUUUGGAUGAUGGAGCUGGGCCUCAUCACUACAGCGGCUUUUACCAACUUCUUCCCGACUAUCGUCCAAACGCUGGGCUACCCGCAGCGCGAGACUACUGCCGAGUUCUCCGCCGUACGUCUUUGCAGCCAUCCUCAGCAUCAGCAACUCAUGGCACAGUGAUGCCAAGCGCGCGGUACACGACCACCUUGAUGAUAAUGAGCAUCUACGGCAGCUUCGGCGCGAUCCUGUCUUGGGUGUCAACGUCGCUGCCGCGCCCGUCUGCCAAGCGCGCUGUGGCCUAUGCCUUUCUCAACGCCAUGUCGAAUCUGGCGUCGAUCUAUGCCAGCUACUUUUACCCAGCAACCUAGUGUCCGCAGUACUGGCAGGCUAAUAUCGCAAACGUGGCCUUCAGCGGCAUGUGCAUCGCCAUGGCUACAAGUUGAGGUUCUACCUCUACUGGAUGAACAGGAAGCUGGACGAAGCUAGCGCCGAGGACAUGGCAGCCGAAGGGACGGCCAAUAGCACCAAGACGCAGGCGCUAGCAGCAAAAUGGCAGUGUCACCCCGAUUACCGUUAUACACUCUGAAAGGGCCUAAAAUUGGUGGGUAUUCAUUCGUCAUCCAUGCCGGGUUUUAUAGCCAUGGGCAAAGCGCAGCGGACAUAAGUUGUUUCACGUCUAGCCUCACAAAUCCAUAGCCCAGGCAGCAAUGUCCCCUGAUCAAACUACCCGAUUGGGCCCAGAGGCAGACGCCACUGCUGCCUGUCUAGGCUUGGGACAGGGGACGAGCGCAUCCUUACAGACAACCUAAACUUAUAAUUCAUGAGAAAUUCGCAUCAAUCUUUGGAAAUUUUCACCAGAUACAACAGCACAGAUAACUCACAACAAGACGCACGAUGGUUUUACUUAACAACCUCGCAGGUGAAAUCCUGUUGGCCAUUGUCUCCAAUUUGGAUCCUUGGACCCCAGGCUUUAGAUACGACGAAGAUGACAGUCGCACGUGGGAUGAAGACUUCAAAAGUCUCGAGGACCUGCGCAACCUGCGUCAGACGUGCAAAUCCCUCCACGAAGUCGCAACUCGGCAGCUCUUCCGCGUCGUGCGCCUGCGGCCCAGCGACGAGUCCGCCAAGAAGUGGGGCAACGUCGCCGACUCACCGACCCUGCGAGCCCACGUCCGGGAGGCCAUCGUCGACUCUGCGAUGAGCGAGGACAUCGACGACCAGGAACCCUGGGAGCAGCCAGAAUCGUGGGCCGGCGCCCUGGAGCGCCUGGGCGAGUUCCCGGGCGUCGACGCUGUCGCGCUGCGCUUCUCGUCCCAGUGCGCUGUCGACGGCGGAGACUUUUGGGAGAAGGAGGUGGCCGAGACGCAGAGCGAGCGCGCCGACGUCCUGGACACGGUGUUUGGCGCGCUGGCCCGCGUCAACGAGCUGCCCGGCCGCGGCAUCCGGACGCUCAGCGUCAAGAACCUGCAAAAUACGGUCCAUGAGGGCGCCGACGGUGAAGACUUCAAGUCGGUCGUGUCGGGGCUCAAGGAGCUGCACGUCUCCAUCGCCACCGAGACGGACGAUGCUGCCCCCGAGCACACCAUCACCAAGACCGAGGUCAAGUCCUUCUGGGCCCCGGGGGGUUUCGUCGACAAGUGGCUCAAGCCAGCGGCGCAGAGCCUGACCGGCCUGACGCUGUACUGCGACAACUACUUUGGCCUCCUUCCCGAGUUCGACACCUCCAACAUCAGCUUCCCCAACCUGCGGGCGCUGUCGCUGGGCAACUUCAACCUUGCAUAUGAUUGGCAGGUGGACUGGAUCGUGUCGCACAAGGGGUUGCGGACGCUAUGGCUUGACGACUGCCCCAUAGCGCAUUACUUUAACCUCACCCACUACGGCUUGGAAGAAUUCCGCAUAUCAGAGCUGGAGAAGCUGCCGCAGGCCGACUCUUCCGAAGACGUGGUUUACGUUAGUUCUCUGAGAUGGUCCGGCGUGUUUGACAAGAUUCGCGAGGGUCUGCCAGACCUGGAGGACUUUCGACUGGCACAUGGUGCUUGGGAUGGUGAGGCCCAAGCCUUCGAGCGGCGCCACGGCCUAGCCAUCGGCCUCCUCGAUAAACGGUACAUGGCCUUUAACGGCGGCAUUGGUCCCUCUCAGUGGGUCGAAUGCCGCGAAGGAGGCAAGCCCCAAUCCGAUGGGACUUUCACAGAAUAUCUCUGCUACCGUGGUGCCUUUGACGAAGAAGUUCUCCCGCCAAAUGCCGAGGAUCCAGCUGUGGAGGAGGCCGAAAACAGGGCAUAUGCUAGAUUGAUGGCUGGCCUGUCUCAAGGGACGUGAGCACUGAGGCGCGGGCUCGGAUAGGUUCGAAUGUGUCCAUGAUGAUGUUUUAUUUUCUUCCGGUUUAGUUCUCUCGCUGCCAAAUAUUGCAUACUUUCUCACUCAAUAACUUUCGCAUCCAUGAAGAUAACCCAAACUCUAGGCUUGAAAAUGAUGUCCCUGUUUACUUUGGUUCCUUCCUUCCCACUGAUCAAAAUACAGAUACUCAUAUGGGAAAGAACGUCAUCCAGCCGCAGCUGGACAACAUUAUCUUCGACCCUAGCAGAAAAAGGGGUAAAAAUCAGACUCACACUUCUGGAAAUGAUGGGUAUCUGGCUUGAAAGGGCGAGGAAGUCAUUUGCAUUAGCGACGACGAGGUUCCAGUGGUCGAUCAGGGCCAGCACAAACUCGAGAAACUCCCAGUUUGUGCUUAUAUCGCCUCGGCCAGGUGUCGUGGCUGUCUGCUGGGAUGUUUUUUUUUCUGAAAUUUGGAUUCAGAAAUCAAAAUAGCGCGGUCCAUAACAUCUCGACGUCCGAUCAAGGUCUCAUUCUAUUUGCUCUGCUGUCGCGGUCGCUCGGCUUUGGACAAUGAGCACAUCUGAUACCCCGUCCGUUGCUGGAGUCGAACAGCGUCCAUGGCGCUCAGUAUGAGCCUUAACCCAUUCUUCUGGCGUGCCGUGAAUCUGCCAAAACGUAAAAAGGGUAGUCGUCAAAGUAUCCGGGGAUCGUCUGGCCAUAAUACGUCGGGGGCUGGUGAAUCUGGGACGGCAUUUUGCACUCCUUUCGACAAAGCAUGAAAGGCAACAGCCGUUUAUCUCCUCUUCCUGUGGGCGCAUCUAUCCAGCGGUAGGGAUCAUUGGCACUCUAGCGAUCAGUAUAUGCAACGAUCGGAGCCUCCGAGGUGAAGGAGCAGCUCAACCAUGCCCAAAUAACCAUUGUAAAUUGCCGUGAAGAGAGGCUGGUAUUCUUUUGCAUCCGUCGGUAGGAAGGUGAACAUGUUGUCCUCGAUGAGCGGGGUGAAGCGGCCCUCCUUGCUCAGGGCGCAGAAUUCAAGGUAACACGGGAUGAAAUCGCUGACAGGAUCCGCACCUUGAGCAAGCAGGACCUUGGCCACAUGGUUGUGUUGUCAAUAGAUGGCGACGUGCAGCGGGGUAAAGCCUGCAAUUUCCUGCACGAUCCACGACCAGAACCAAUUAGUAGGCGAGGUUGGUGGUGGAGCCUUCGCCAAGCUUCAAUAUGUGUCCGGCGCGUUGCUACUAUGGUAAUGGCUUCGGGGUCUGCCUUUGAUGUACAGGGAUAGUAGCUGGUCAAAUAUAUGUCUGCAUCUCCCUUGACCAUUUCUUUUACACACAGAUUUAGUAAUCCCACAGAGGCUCCCGCCUCGAUUGCGAUCCAAGCCAGCCUGUGGUCAAAGAUGCAUGCAAAAGGAAGCUGGAAUCUGUCGUCCACGCGAGUGUGUUGCAGGACUAGUUGGUGCCUGGCCACAUCGUGAAGAUGAUUACAGGUCUGCACAAGCCGUGAGAGGUCUGGUGGCCUGACUUGCAGACAGACUUGAUCCAGAAUCUCGACUUGCGGGAGACUCGGGGAUACAGCGCGGUGAGGCAUUUGUCCAGAUACGUCGGUGUUCG